GCUCUAUAUUGUCACUGGUCUAUGUAAAGUCAAAAAAUGUCUAUUUGACGUGAUUUGCCGAUAAAAUUAUUUUAAAGAAAUAUUUUUACAAACAUGGGUGGUUCACAAAGUACUCGAAAAAUAAGUGUUGACAACGAAAAUGCCAUACAAGUGUCCCAAGAAGCCUUAGACCGAAUACAGGCUCAAUUGAGUGCUAGGCAAGCAGAGCAGCCACAGUCUGCGCCUCCACCACAAUACGCGCCACCUCCAUAUUACGACUCUCAGAAGCGGCAAAAUGAGAAUGCCGCCGAGGAGGCGUACUGGAAUCGCCGUAUAGACAACUUGAAGAGGGCACAUGAAAAAAUAACUACAGGCAUGAUUAUCGAGUACCAAAAGACAUUGAAAGAAGCCAAUGAUUUAUUUGAACUGGCACAGCAAGACAAAAUCACUAGUAAAUUACCACCUUGUCAGGAUGAAAAAGCAAAGGUACUGGAUUGCUACAGUGCAAAUGCGAAUAAGUCGCUGUUGUGCUCAGUAUUAGUGAAUCAAUUUAAUGACUGUGUUUGCAAGAGCAGAGUGGCGGCAGUGUCUGCAACAUCUUGAACAUAACACCAACUGUGUAAAUAAUAGCUGAAGGGAUACUGCGUAUAUUUUAUCAAUAACUUCAGGGAAUAUUGCAAUAUUUCCACCUGGAAGUAGAUUUAAUAAUAUUAUUCUGUACUAAUAAACUGUUAAUUUGAUAUUGAGUUGUUUUGAAUUGAAUUUUUU